GCAGGGGUGAAUGCGUCCAUGUCUUUGGGUUUGAGGUUUCGGAGGAGGAGUUUCGGGGGUGCCUGGACCCCAGUGCUGCCCCUCAGGUGCAGUACCAUGAUAGUUUUCAUGACCCCCUGGGCUGGAGCGGGGGGGAGCUUGAGGCCCUGGGGGCCCAGGAGUCCUGGUUCCAGGGGCUCCAGGGGACCCCAGGGGGAGCUGUUACUGUGGUGGUGGACUCCCUCAGCUGGAUCCUGCUCCGGCAGCCCAGCCCGGCUGUGUGCCAGGCCCUAGCAGGUGCACGUGUGCAGCGGAUGUUGGCGCUGCUCCACGCUGACCUGCACCCCCCGGGCCUGCUGGGGGUGCUGCGCUCGCUGGCCAGGGUCGUGGUGGCUCUGGCCCCCACCUCCCAAGGCCUUGGGGUGGGGCGUGGUACCCUCCACCUCGCCUCUGUCUUCCAGCGAAUGAGAGCUGGCAAAGUCAUCACCAAGGAGGAGUACUAUACGCUCCAGCCUGGAUUCCCCCCCAUGUCUGUGGAGGAGCCUCGGGGCCCCAUAUCCCCCCCGAGGGAUGAUGACAUGAUGGCUCAUCCUGGCACCUGGCUGACCUUCGACCCCAGGGCCCAGCUGACCUUCAACCCCAGGGUGUCGGUGGAGCAGCAGCGGGUGCGGGAUGCCAUGCCCCUGCCAUUCCAGUUCAGCCCAUGCAAGAAGUUGUCGGUGUUGGACCAGGGGGGGCAGAUAUACUACGAGCCAGACCCUGGGGAUGACCUGGAUGACGAAGACCCUGAUGAUGAUCUGGAUGUGUGAAUGGGGGGGCUCCCCUUGCCCCCCCUGGACUUCCAUGCUCCUCCCCGGGGUGGGGGGAGCAGGGGCAAAUAGAGCCCUAGUUUACCCCAGUGAAGAGGGGUGGGGGGGGCCUCAAUGUUCCCUUUGGAGGGGAAAGCCCCCCCUACAUCCUAUUUUUCCCCUUCUCCAGCCAGUGUCCCUGUUGGGUUUUUUUUGAGGGGUGGGUAUGUUGCUCCGGUGAUGGGAGAGGCCUUAAUAAAGAUGGCUGUCAACACUUAAUUGGUUGCUGCUCUUUAGUGUGUGUGUAGGGGGGUGCUUCCCAGAAUCUUUUGUGUCUGGUAUACAUCUGGUUCUGCUGAGGGCAGGAAUAGGUGUGGACACCAGAGCAGACCCAGGAGCCUGGACAUCUGGGUUUGCUUUGCCCUGCCCCUCCUUCGUAGGGGGUGGCAGCCAAACUCCGCCCUUCAUGCUGCUAGCUCCGCCUACCAC